AUGCCAGUGGAGUUAGAACUAAUUCAUGUGGAUGUGCAGACCAUCCAUACCAAAAUCAGGUGCUUGGUUUCUGAUAACUCUUUCAAUUUUACUUUGGUCUACGGCAAUCACACCAUCUCAGAUCGACGUCCCCUUUGGGAUUCAUUGAUCGAAUUUGUCCCACAGGAUGAACCAGCUCUUGUGAGUGGGGACUUCAAUAACGUUAUGGCAGAAGAUGAAAUAGUGGGAGGCAAUGCCCCAACCGAGUACGAAGUCAAGAACAUGGUUGAUACUUGUGCCCUACUUGGUCUUGAAGAUGUUAUGUCAACGGGUUGUCGGUUCAAGCGCUCAGAAGGGGGCAUUUUGAGCAAGAUUGAUCGUGCAAUGGUCAACGAAGCAUGGUACGCAAGCGGCUACAUGGCAGCAACUGAGUAUCUUCCACCAGGGGCAUACACUGACCAUUCCCCAGUGAUCACCACUCUGUUCGGUAACAUUAGCUCAUACCCCAAACCUUUCAAGUUCUUCAAUUUUUGGCUCAAGCAUGAUAAAUUUAAUGAGCUCAUGGAACAAAAGUGGCCUGCAAGUGUUGUUGGAAUGGCACAGUACAAGUUGGCCGAACGAUGCAGACUUUUCAAAUCGCACCUUAGAGCCUUCAAUUUCCAAGAGUUCAGUGAUCUAUCAAACAGAGCAAAAGUAGCUGCAGAAAUUCUUGAAGAGCUACAAAAAAGGACAGAUUGGGACAUCUCAAAUGUGGAACAGAGGGAGCAAAUCCAGGACCAGAGGAAGAUUUCAGCCUAUCUUGCUGAUUCAGAACGAGCAUACUUCGAGCAAAAAGCAAAGCUUAAGUACUCACUACUAAGUGACCGGGGUACAUCUUUCUUCCACUCCCUUGUCAAUAGGAAUAACACAAGGAAUUAUAUCGCAUGCUUGCAUCGGAAUGAUGGGUCAAUUAUCAAGGAUCAAGCGGAGAUAAUCAGGGACUUUGUGGAAUAUUUCACCAAUCUUUAG